AUGGAGCUGACGAUGCUACCGUUUAUUGGAGUGACAUUCAUGUGCGCGAAUGCUCUCCGCUGUUAUCAUGGCGCAAAUGUGGCACUUCCGGGCACCAGUCUGAAGAAGGCAACUCAAGUACUUGAGUGUGGCCCAUUUGCAUCAUUCUGUCGCCGUGCCUAUGGCUUGAUCAAUGGCGAGCAAGGAUGGAUAUUAUCCUGUAUGGUGAAUACAUCGCUGGGUGCUGAAUAUUGCCUAGUGAGUGUACUGAUUUUCAUUUCCUUUUGUUGGUUUUACAUAUUAAAUAUGGAGUUCGAAUGUGGUUAUUUAACGCUUGAGUAG